AUGGUUCCGCAGUCGCUGUCGCUCUCGUUCGUGCCUCUGCUCGUGCUCAUGCACUUGUGCCUUUGCCUUGCUGAUCUCAAUCCUCGUCAAUCAUGUAGCUCGGGAUAUCGUCUCUGCUCACCUGACGGCGCCUCCACAAGGGAUGUGCCCGAGAUCGGUCCCGGGCUAGCCAGGCUUUAUCUCAAUCUCAUCCAAACAGUCAAUCCUCAGCCUGCGCCAGUCCAUAUCGUGCCACUCGGCAGCGGGUCGGCUCCUGCUCACCGAGCAAGAGAAAUGCCAGGUAGCCUAUGUUGUGCCGAAACCACCCAGUGCCUUCUUGUGCUCAGCUACAACGUUCCAUUGUGCUGGGACAAGUUCACGACCGACUAUUACCUUCCCGACGGCUCUUAUGGCUCGAUUAGCUCUGGAAAUUAUACCACUCCCAAUGGAGACCAUGCAAACCUGAUCACGGGGAGCUACCGGCUGGCGAAUGGACAGUCAGGGAAUAUCUACCAAGAAGACACGCUCGAAGAACCGAACACCUCAACGUUGGCGGUACCAACCCCAUGGACCAGUAAGGGAGUCGGCUCUGCGAUACCAGCAAGUGAGGUUGGAUCUCAAGCAUCCUCCAAUUUCACGAGCAUGCCGCACUUGCCCACCCUCACGACCGGCUCCGCCGCCAGUACCAGCAGUAACUUGGCCACCGUGACAACUCUCCCUGGAAGCACAGCGACUUGGAGUAGUGCGCCACUGGCAACAACACCGGCCAGACCGAGCGAGCCCAGCAUCACGCCGCCCAUCACGAACAUUGCAUUGAGGCUUUCUUUCCGUGGCCUGAAUCACCUGUGGAGAAUGAUAAUGACCUUUGCAGCUGUCACACACCUUGUGACAUACUGGUGA